GGAAAUGUUGGAAAUCAUCGCAUCACUGGUGGAAAGUAGUGGAAAGAUCAUCGCCAUCGCUUCUGCUUCCUCUUCUUCUCGGCUCGCCCUUCGACACCCUCACGCGACGCGACGCGCGUGACAUUCCGUUAAGAUUCCCUCUCCCUCCGUCCGCCGCUGCUAGCUCCUUCGUUGACGACGCCAGGACGCUGGAAUGCGCGAACGCAGUGAACCAGUGGACAGUGUGGACACAUGCUCGGGUUUGUGUGCCACCAGUAAUAUUCAUUAUUUCGUUCUACCUAAUUUAUUUGAAGAAUCAUUUAAUCUAACGUGAUCUGGCCGUAUCGUCCUCCUAUUUGAUUGCUGGAGGCGGGUGCCAUUAAUUAAAUAAGAAGAAGAAGACAGUGUGGACACGCGUGUAACGAACGGUAUUGACGCGCGCGCGAGCGCACGUGCGUGCACACGCAUACACUCGUACGACGAUGCACCGACGAGUACUAUCCGUCUCGCCGUUGGCAGGAUGUGCCGAUCCGUGACCUCGUCGCCGACGGGUCUCCGGGCUUGACGAGUAUAAGCGGGGCUCCGGGACGUCGCGUCGAAAAACUUUGGAGCGAGAAACUCCAGAAGAAGUUCCGGGAAAAACUCCAGCGGACACUCUUUCGUUGUAGUGAACUAGACUCUGUGCGAGCACAACAUCUGUCUCGAGUCAGAGUGCAACGAGUAUCUUGCGUUGGUUGAGGAAAGUAUAAACAAGACGUACAAGGAGCAUCGCUUGAACAACAUUGAGUCAAGUACGAUUUAAUACACCGAAGGGGGGCAGGGGAACCCUGGACUGAACGUGUGGCACUAGAGAGAAUCUCCAGUGUCUACCAGCGUGAAUAAAUUCACUAUCUGUGAACAAUUCAUUGGAAGAAAAUGUGUAAUGUCAGAGUGAUACAAUAUAGAGACAUAGGUGGCCAAUACAGAGCAAUCGUUUAUAAUAGACUAUUAUGUAUCUCGCUUAGUUGAUGUAUGGAACGUUGUCUUAGACGUUUGUCUAGCACUUUUAUUGCAUAUCCUUAGUCACACUCUGUUGGAAAAUAUCCGGUGUUCAUAAAACUGCUAAAUUUAAUGAGGCCGAAGGUGCCUCAAAAGAGGGGAAACUUUCUUUUGAGAAGGUACAGCGUUCUACGAUUGACUUCAACAAACAAUGAACCAUUCGGGAAGCGGAAAACGUCAGGCGAAGGUUUUGGAAGAAAAUUAUUGGGACUGCAGUGUCUGCACUUAUAGGAAUACAGCGGAAGCAUUUAAGUGCCUCAUGUGUGACGUCCGCAAAGGAACCUCUACGCGGAAACCCCGCAUAAACCCCCAAUUGGUAGCUCAACAGGUUGCGCAGCAACAAUAUGUACCACUUCUGAAAUCAGGCAAGAAAGAAGGGAGUGGAGGUGGUAGUACGACCAGCGGCGUCAAGGAAAAGGAACGCAAACUGGACAAGCCGAAGCGCAAAAAUAGGCAUCCGCCGCGUCUGAAAAAUAUCGACCGUAGCACCGCGCAAUCAAACGAGGUAACAGUCAAUAAUGUUACCGUCACUAUCACGGAAUACAGGCCCAAGGUGAAAAAAGGCUCGGAUCAGUCGAGCAAUGCAAGCUCCGAGGGUGGGAGCCAGCAUGAUUCAAAUCAGGACUCGAGAAAUCUCGAUGUAGGAACCGACGCUUAGUUUAAUGCUAAUGUUACAUAUGUGUGUAUGAAUUAUUCUAAUUAAUAUAUUGUAUGUAUAUGUCAACCUUUAUGGUCAACUGUACAUCCUCUAGACAAAAGCGACCAUUGUUGACAGUCGCUCUUCUCUCGUUUGAUUAUGCGUCGCAAGUUGUAUGAGAAAUCCAUCGAGGUCAGGCAUUUUAUGUCCUCAACCGAGAUAUUAUUGACUGUGAACAUGAUUCAUAUAUCACUCGAGGAAAGAAGAAUAGGAAUAUAUGUACAUUGUAUAUCACUGUUUUACUCUUUGCACAAAAUGUUGAAUAAUUUGCAUUGCUUCUUUAUGCAUUUUGUGCAAAAAGAAAUGUACUUAAAA